AUGAUCAUCCCUCUGUUCGCUGCGCUGUUCUCAGCUGUGCUUGCAGUUCCAUACGAAGAAUACAUUCUUGCCCCUGACACUCGAACUCUCCGUCCUGUCUUAGUCUACCAGGUCAAUGGCACCGUUACAGACGCUGAAGCUCUUACGGGCGAUGAGCCAAAUGGUGCCGUUUUCGAUGGUCCCUCCGGAGUAACGUUUGACUAUGGCAAGAACAUUGCUGGCCUGGUUUACCUUACCAUCGGGGAGAUUUCCGACCCCGACCAGUACAUCAGCAUAACUUUCUCAGAAAGUUCUCUGUGGAUCUCCGGAGAACGUAGUGAUGGUACUGCGGACAGCGGCUUGGAUGAGGCGCUGUAUAUCCGGCCCUCGGGACCCGGGGUGUACACGGUUCCGCGGGAGCGCGAACGUGGUGGUUUCCGAUAUCUGUCUUUAGCACACAAUGGGACGGGGUCUGUAGAGGUGAAGGAUGUCUAUACGCACUUUACUCCUAUGCCGCACUAUGCCGAAGAUCAGCUGAGGAACUAUACCGGAUUCUUCCACUGCGAGGACGAACUGAUUAACAGGGUGUGGUAUGCCGGAGCAUAUACAAACCAGAUGUGUACCAUCGAUCCUAGAUACGGAAACGCACUUCCGUUCUUGCGCAUCAUCAACUCUGGCGACAACCUCACCACCCCUGUACCGUGGUUUAACAACUAUACAAUCACCAAUAGGACAUCCGCACUUGUUGAUGGAGCGAAGCGUGAUCGGCUUGUGUGGGCUGGAGACAUGGCCAUUGCAGUUCCUGCGAUCGUCGUCUCUUACAACGACCUAAUCAGCGUCCAAAACUCUCUCGAUUCUCUGUUCGCCCUGCAGAACGCGAGCACCGGGCAGCUACCGUACGCUGGGCAGCCGUUCUCAGAGCUAGGCAUAUACUCAGCAACAUAUCACCUAUACACAUUGAUCGGAGUUUCAGACUUCUAUCUCUAUUCCGGCGACUACGACUAUCUCACCUCCCUCUGGUCCGACUGGAAACGCGCUAUGGCCUUCUCUUUGAGCUUCAUCGACGACAGCAGCCUGAUGAACGUUACCUCCCCCGCCGACUGGCUCCGCUUCGGUAUGGGCGGCCACAACAUCGAAGCAAACUCAAUCCUCUACUACACCCUCAACGCCGGCCUCGUCCUCGCCGACGCCCUCAACGACACCACCGUCGUCCAAAACUGGACCGCCGCAGCCGCCGGCAUCAAAGCAGCCGCCAACACCCUUCUCUGGGACGCCUCCGCCGGUAUGUACCGCGACAACGAGACGACGACGCUGCACCCGCAGGACGGCAACUCGUGGGCCGUGGUAUCCAACAUUACGGACGAGCCCGCGAAGAACUUGGCGAUCAGCCAGGGCCUAAGGGAACGGUGGACGCCGUAUGGCGCCCCCGCGAUUGAGGCUGCUGAUGCAGUUAGCCCGUUUAUCUCGGGGUUUGAGAUCCAGGCGCAUGUUAGAGCCGGGAAUGCGACGAGGGGACUCGAGCUAGUGAGGCUGCAGUGA